AUGGCACCCGGUGAAAUCCAACAGUUCCCGUUAGAGGAGGAAUACAAGAAAAGGACUGGAAUUUCACCCGAGGAUACAAAGGAACUGCGGCAGUGGUUAAAAACGCAACCGCAUUUGCCGGAGAAGUAUAUUACAGAUCUCGAUCUCAUAUUAGCCUACCAUUCCUGUGAAAGAAGUACUGGCGUCACGAAACAAGUAUUGGACUUGCAUUACACAUUAAGAACCCUUUUCACAAAUUUCUUCAGGAAUCGUACGUUUGAAGCGGUUGAAGCCACCUUAAAAAUGUGCUUACUCCACCCUCUUCCUGAAUGCACAAAGGAAGGCUACGCUAUAUUCUACACACAUUUGGUGGACUAUGACCCGAAACUAUUUGUAUACCAGGAUGCUAUAAAAGCAGCUUUGAUGCUGAUAGAUCUAUGGCAGUAUGAGGAAGGAACCUGGCCUGGAUUUAUAAUAGUGGUGGAUUUUGAAGGGAUGAACUUAGGACAUUUGGCAAGAAUCGAUCUGCAAAGCCUUCAGCAGUUUCUAUACUAUUUACAGGAAACCAUGUUAGUCCGAUUGAAGGGCCUCCAUUUUAAUAAUGCACCAUCUUGGAUCGACAAAUUGUUAAUGAUGAUGAAGCCCUUCAUGAAAAAGGAGCUAAUGGACCUCGUGGGGGUACAUACGGCUGGGUCAGAUACGAUUAAAAAGCACAUCCCUGUUGAGGGACUGCCUAAAGAAUGCGGGGGAAAAUAUAAAACUAUGAAAGAGUGUAGAGAUGACGUACUCAAUAAAGUGAAGGCAAACGUUAGUUAUUUCGCAAACGAACAUAAUAAACGAGUAAAUGAAAGCCUCAGACCGGGAAAGCCAAAAACGAUAACAGAUAUUUUUGGUGGUAUAGAAGGAUCCUUUAAGAAGCUUGAUAUAGACUGA